UCUCUCUCUCUCCAGUUACUCUGUAUCAUAAGUGACUGCAAAAUUUUAAUAUUGAACAUAUUUCAUUGAGAGAAUUGUGUUUCAGGAUCACCAAAGAUGGGCAUUGAUUCACCAAGAGAUGAGCAGCAGAAUAAACGCUUUUGCUGUGGGAGUGAAGUAUCUACAUUCUCUCCCCCUGGCGCAGCACAUGAUGGCUGGGCUUUGGAUGACUCAGUGGCCAGACUGAGUAGAUCUCAGCCAGAACCAAGGUUAGAGCAGCACAUUGUGCCUGUUGCUGCAGCUAUGCAGGAAGAAAGGGGGACAUCACCAUUUUCACAGCCAGCGCACCUGAAUGAUGUGGUGCUGAAUUCACAGCUCCAUGCUACUCAGCCAUCUACACGGACUUCCAGUCAGAAUACUUUCCAAAUCCUGGUGCGACAUGACACGCUUUUGUGUAUGUACAGACUAUAUGGAAACAAUUGAAAAACUAUGCAAAUUACUUGAUAAAUUGAGUUAUACCUGGAGAAUUGCAGCCAAAGUGGUAUGUAAUCAUCGAUUUUCACUGAUUGCUUGGGCAUGCCUGGUGUGCAUACAGUUCUCCUGUGUCCUGUGUAACUUGAAGUUACUUAACACACAAAGAAACCUGCGGACUUUUCCAUCCCUGUGUGCAACCAUCUUGCUUGAAAACAGAAUAUGUUUCUUUUCUCAUAUUUUGCUGUCUACUGGGAUUUUUGGGUGUCAUUUUGGCAGUUUGAUUUGCAUGUUCAUUCAGAACUUUGGUCAGAAUGAAUUUUACAGAUCCUGUAUUGUUCUUCACUUUUGAGCCCUUUGAAACCUUCAGUUGUCAGUCCUCAUAUUUUACAUGUUUGAUUUCAGUCCUGAGCUGUAAUUUAUAUAUAUUGUUACGUGUUUCAUUACUGAAGACGCCGUUUGGAUUGUUAACUGGUUUAUUUAACAACCUACAAGUAUCGGCUACAAUUAAUUACAACAACGUUACGGGUUUACCCACGUUAGAACCCUACACACAAAUCUGUCCACUCUAUCACAAUGUGACGUCGGCUCAUGUCCAUGGUCUGUGUGCGCACUUCUCCCCUCUACUAUCUCUAAGGUCCCCCUCUCUCCUCCCCUUCCUGAGCCGGCUUAGCGGCCUAACAAGUGGAGCUAAGGGCGCUUGGGUUCCCAACCAUUGAAGGGGUAGGUUGUUCUCAUUUCGGACCACUGGUCGAGGUCAUCCUCGACCGUCCAAAUUGAUUUCUCUACGUGGUAUUCAGUCUUAGAGCAGCGAACUCUGCAAUCAUUCUGAUACAGGUAUUUACAUCGUGUUUGUAUUCUUUCUUUAUUAAUAUAUUAUAUUUAUUCUUUGUUAAUAUUUGAUUUGGUUAUUUCUGUUUGGGUAUUUCUGCCUUGCUGAUUUCUUUGUCCUCCCCUGCUUGCCCUGUCCUGUCUCAUGCGAACCUAUAAGGACUCCUCUGAAGGGUACCCCCGCUUCAAAAAGUGGUAGCAGAGCGUGGUUAUGUUCUUGUGGUUAGGUUCGUGUGGUUUGUUCCACGUCUGUGGUUUGGUUGAGUGAAAACGGUGGGACGGAACCGUGCUUUAGACAGCCGUAGUCCCUUGUUAUAGUGGUUGGUUGCUUUUGUAGCACGCAUUGGUAGUGUGGCUAUGUGGUCAACGUAAUUUCCUCUGAGAGUUUGGUUAGUGUUCAUAGUGUGUUUGCACGCAGUCCUAGUGUGGGUUGCCCUGAUAUGGUGGUUCGGUUUGUUUGUGUAGGGCACUUGGGUAGGUUAUAUGGGACUUGUUGGCCUGUUUGUGACCCUCUUGUUAUCAUAAUUGUUUCGUGUCCAUUUCAUUAGCAGCACUAUGGAACGACAAACUAUCGUACCCGAAUUUUUGCACAAGGAUGAGUUAGCAUAUGAGUUGGAGGUCCGUGGUAUAAAUACAGACGGUUUAAAUGUUGCGGAUUUGCGAUCUCUUUUCCAUAAGUCACGUGAAGUAGAAGAAAACCUUGAUGCAUGUACUAAUUCUGAUAUCUUUCUGGCCCCUAAUAAAUUGGUAACCUUUUGCCAUGACCGUUUUCAGCUGAUUAAGAAUUUGGUGGAGAACACAGACUGUUCUUCCAUUGGUCUUGGUUAUCCUCGUUACCUCCAUCGGUUGUGACAUGUCAGUACUCGGCUACGUCAUCUAUUGCAGUUGGGCAAACUCGCACCAGAUGUGCGGGCUGACACGGUAAAUUUCCAGGAAGAAAUACACCAAUAUAUGCAGUAUAUGAUUGCGCAGGUAGAUUCCUUGCAGAAGAGUCACCCUCCAGGGGAUCAGCCUGCUGCUGUUUCCUUUCUUAAGGUUCAGGCUACCGCUCCGUCCGACUUUAAUAAGGCGGAACUUCAGAGCAGAACACAUUUGACUGCCCCUAAGCUCACUCCUGAUAUGUGUUUACCUUCUCAGGAACAGCCACUAUCCCCUAGCCAGGUGGUACCUCUUGUGGUUAAUUGCGAUUCGAGUACUUCGGGAGGCUCUCUCCAUUUUGCGAACUUGCCUAAUCCUGUACACAAAAUGUUUGAAAGUCUUCAUGUUACGGACAGACUCAUUGUAUCCGAGCUUAUUGAGUUCCUACGAGCUUUAGUACGUUUGCAACUUAUGGCACCUGCGUUCCGUAUUUCUACGGCGCAGAUUUGCAAAUUCUACAUGGAUUUGCUAAGGGUCCAUUGGCAUCCAAGAUCUUGGCCGCUAUACAUUCUGGUGAUACGCUUGAUGAUUUUCACGAACGUGUAUUAGCUUUUUUUAUUCCGCCCCGUACAAUGCUGCCAUUGUUGAACGCUGACUAUUACCGAUGGCAAAGGAAGGAUGAGCCACUCACUGUCUAUGUUGCAGACAUUAAAGAGAUAGCCGCCGUUUUUCGUCAGGAUAUCGAUCAGUCUGCUGUGGUCCGCAAUAUUCUCGAUGGAUUGCAUCCAUAUCAGAGGAGCUGUUUAGUGUUCAGUGACAGGCCGCAUAGUUAUGCCGAUUUAGAUAAUAUGUGCGUGUAUGCUCAU